UUUUGCGUUCCUUGGACUGAUCAAAAGGAAUAGAAACGAUGUCAGGUCCCCAGUGCUGCUCCAACCCGCCAACACUAGAUCCUAGCGCCGGCUUUGGCCAUGUUGAACAGCUCGGUGGUUUACCUUCCUACGUUUCUGGUUCCUCCGAUUCCAAGCUUGCCAUUAUUCUCAUCUCCGACAUAUUUGGUACCUACACAUAUUUCAUCACAUUUAUCCUUUUCCCUCUGCGCUUUUUCGUUCUAUUUUCCAUGAUAUCUGCAGUACUUUUAUUUAUUAUUUACUAUUUUCGGUAAACGUGGUAUUCCCAGUGGUAGGGAAAGAGGAAGAAGAUUCAUUAGAAAUUUACUGGUACAUGACGAGAUUCACAUCCUCUGUCUGAAGUCGGAUCCAGUGCAGUUCAUUUCUGAUGUGAUGAAAUAUGCAACUGGCCGCGACAAUCUCCUUCUUUCAGUUCAGACAUCUUACCUCUCAAAAGGAGGACUGAAAACCCAUUGAACGAUAUAUAUAAUAACAGGGACAUAAUUUAAACAAAAGAAGCCAAAACAUAUUCGCGUAUGAUUGAUUAUAAGGUUCCGUCCCAAAGAUGUUGAAGUGUAUUUUUUGCUCCGGUGAGGGUGUUCACCCCAGCAGAGUGGCGACUUUUGCAGCGAAGAUCAGCGUUCUCCCGAGCCUUCUCGAUCUUCAACUCGGCACUCUUGACUAACACGAUCGCUCAGCGACUCGGAGCACAGAGGAGACAGAGUUGAGUCAUGCGUGGCCCAAAAAAAAAACGUAAAAACUUUACGCUCUUAAUUGGAAUAGAGAGAGAGAGAGAGAGAGAGAGAGAGAGAGAGAGAGAGAGAGAGAGAUUGCAAUUCUAUCUUCAGAAAUAUCUGAUUUUCCUGCGAAAACCUGGAAUACUUUCCUGAUGAUUGGUGUUUGUGUUAGUUGUUUAUAAUCUUUUCCGUUCUUGAAUUUAUACGGUUGCUUGUUUCUUCCUUUUUCUGUUCUGGACUCGGUAAGAUAAGAAAAUGAGAUUUUUGUGCUGGGUUCUUGUUGAACAAGUAAUAUACACGGUGUCCAUUUUUACCUUCCACAAAAUCAUAAGCUAUGCUAUUUGUUGCCCUUUCAACUUCUAACUUUACAUGUUUGACUUGUCCUGCCGGCUAUGAAGCUCCAAAAUUGAGGAAGCUCGCAGACAAGGUUGCAGCAGCUGGAUUUUAUGUGGUGGUCCCUGAUUUCCUACAUGGAGAUCCCUUUUUGUUCGAAAAUGCUGAUCGACCUCUACCAGUUUGGAUUAUGGAUCAUGGAACGGAUAAGGGAUUUGAGGAGGCAAAGCCAGUGAUUGAAGCUGUAAAAAGUAAAGGUGUUUCUGCAGUUGGGGCUGCAGGUUUUUGCUGGGGUGCUAAGGUCGUGGUUCAGCUUGCCAAGUAUGAACUUAUUCAGGCUGCUGUGAUAUUGCAUCCUUAUAUUGUCACUGUGGAUGAUAUCAAGGCUGUUAAGGUUCCAGUUGCGGUACUGGGAGCUGAGAUUGACGAAAUGGCUCCACCCGAACUCUUGAAACAGUUUGAACAGGUCUUAAGUACCAAACCUGAGGUGGAUAGCUAUGUUAAGAUAUUUCCGAAAGUCAUGCAUGGUUGGACAACCAGGUACGAUGAUGAAGACGAUGGCGCCUUGAAGUCUGCCGAGGAGGCCCAUCAUGAGGACCUGUUACAAUGGUUUAAUUUGUAAAGCAUGUCAAGUGAUGAUAUUUCCAGGUCAGGUACCGAUCAGAUAUAUAUCUCACUAUAUAUACAAUUUGAGAUGAAUAAGUACAGCAUGCAUGCAUGCAAUAGUAUUAAUGGACCCAAUCAAAUGCUUGCUUUUCCAGAUUAUUGAGACUUAUAUAUAGAGAUAUGGAGU